UGGAACCCACCAUGCCACCUCAUGCCAGGUGGCCCAGCAGCAGGCACUGAGGCGGGCAGGCAGCCACAGACUGGUGAGGGUUGCGCCUCUUCCAGAGGUGAAUGAAUGGAAACAAAAACACCAAGUCUUGAGGCACAAGUCAAGCCAUCCAGGGAGACCAGCCCCAGCCAGCUAGUGAACAAUCUCAUGCCCUCUGCCCACCUGGCCCUCCUGGGCCCAUGCCAUGCUGCUCACUGUGUACUGUGUGCGGAGGGACCUCUCCGAGGUAACCUUCUCCCUCCAGGUCAGCCCUGAUUUUGAGCUCCACAACUUCCGAGUGCUCUGUGAGCUUGAGUCCGGCAUCCCAGCAGAAGAGAUCCAGAUCAUCUACAUGGAGCAGCUCCUCACGGACAAUCACUGCUCCUUGGGCUCCUAUGGCCUUAAAGAUGGCGAUGUAGUUGUUUUACUGCAGAAGGAGAACGUGGGACCUCGACCUUCUGGACGGGUAUCAAGCCUGCCUCACAUAGACUUCACCGGGAUAGCCAUGCCUGGGACAUCCAGCUCCCGGCACCACCAGCACCACCACCAUCAGCACCAUCAGCACCAGCAUCAACAUUCAAAAUCAACCCAGCAGUCCCAUGGUUUGGCCUCUGGAGAGAAGAUGAUAUCGGCUCCGGGUCUGAACAGCCCCGCCUUGAUCCGAAGCAUGCUGCUGGCCAAUCCCCAUGAUCUGUCCCUGCUAAAGGAACGUAAUCCUCCCUUGGCUGAAGCACUGCUCAGUGGAAGCCUAGAGACUUUUUCUCAGGUGUUAAUGGAGCAGCAAAGGGAGAGGGCCCUGCAAGAACAAGAGCGGCUUCGUCUUUUUUGUGCUGACCCAUUUGAUCUGGAAGCUCAGGCCAAGAUCGAGGAAGAAAUCCGGCAGCAGAACAUUGAGGAGAACAUGAAUAUAGCCAUGGAGGAGGCUCCAGAGAGUUUCGGGCAAGUGGCCAUGCUCUACAUUAACUGCAAAGUGAAUGGGCAUCCUUUAAAGGCUUUUGUUGACUCGGGUGCCCAGAUGACCAUCAUGAGCCAAGCUUGUGCUGAGAGAUGUAACAUAAUACGGCUGGUGGACCAACGCUGGGCUGGAAUCGCUAAAGGAGUGGGCACACAGAGAAUUAUCGGCCGAGUUCAUCUAGCUCAGAUUCAAAUCGAAGGUGAUUUCUUACAGUGCUCCUUCGCUAUCCUGGAGGAGCAGCCCAUGGACAUGCUUCUCGGGCUUGAUAUGCUCAGAAGACAUCAAUGCUCCAUCGACUUGAAGAAAAAUGUCCUUGUGAUCGGAACCACUGGCACACAGACCUGCUUUCUUCCUGAGGGAGAACUGCCCCCAUGUGCUAAGCUAGUAAGUGGUGCCGGGCAAGAAGACCCUUCAGACAAGGAAGCCGCAAAUACUAUGAAGCAUUCAGUCAAGUAUUCAGGACAAAAAAAUCAUUGAAAUGGGUUAUAAACUUGUCAUCAAUUUGAGGGGGUUUUCAGAUCCCCAUAACUUAUAAGAAGUGAACUCACCGGUAAUAUAAUCAUUGGCAAAAAAAAAAAAAAAAAAAAAAAAAAGACUGUAACAGGUAAACCUGGACUGGGGACUGAGUUCUCAGAUCUGUCACAAUGUAAAUCAUGGUGCACAGUGGCUUGCUCUUGACCCAUCUUCAAUUUCCCUCCAAAGAUUAUUGAGCUUCAUUUGGGAAGGCUCUGAGGCUCCAACUAAUUUCCAGAUAAUUCAUGAAAGGAACACCAUUCUUCCUCUAGACACACUGUCCUAAUGGAUUUUAAGGUGGCUUGUCUAAGCCACUGACAGUUACACGUGUUUGGGACAUCCCAAGGGCCAGUUUACUCAUUUUUUCACACCUUCCUUUCCCCUGCACUCCACUGGAGUCAGGAUUGCCUCUCAGAGCUAUUUUUACCCUAUUUGAGGAAGCAGAUUUUCUCCUAGAAUGUCCUAAAAUAAUUUCUCCUUCCACAUUCAUAGAAAGCCUGAUUGUAAAAUCAACGCAAUUAAGUAGACUUUUCUGAAGUUAAAAUGUUCCUUGGAAGUUUGGUGGUUGUGUUGAGGGGUAGUGGGAGGUAAGGGUAGCCAGAGGUUCAGGUUCCCCAAUUUUAAUUUCAAUUAGAUCAUCUCUUUUUUUUUUUUUCUCUUUUGGUUAAAAGAAUAUCACUGUUGAAUUGAGAUUUAAAAUCUGAAUUUUGAAGGCCUCCUUCAGCCCUCUGAUUCAUUCCUACAAAGUAAUUCUCUAAAGCUGCCAAUGGCAGGAAAUGGGAGAUCCGAGACUCAGUUACAAGCCAGGGCUAAAACACAGGGCAGAAAUAUUACAGUUGCCUGAGGCCAUCAGACUCAGAAAAUAAUUUCAGGGCAGUAAUGCAUUAAAAUAGUGGAUUCAAAGUCGAGAAAUAUAUGUUUUGGGUCUAGCUCUAUAUUACUUAGGAAAAUCAGUUCACAUACUUUAUAACUUAGCUUCUCAUCUAAUUGUUUCUGGGGGGACAGCCACUUUAAUGUAUUAAGACUACCUUAUGAUCUAGGAUAUCCUUGGAGUUACUCUGUUUCGCAAUAAAGUCUAAAGCCACUCAAAAGUAUUUCUACAGGCUACAGAAUGAAAAAAAAAUCCACUAUAAUUUCUUGUUUCUAAGUUUGAGCUGAAUUCUAUAAUUGCCUAACUUCCAAUAAAUUGGUCUUCAUUCUUCCUUCUGCCAAGAACACAUUUAAAAUUCCUCUGGCAUGAGAAUCCUUUUAAUAUAUGAAAUCGAUGUCAUUUUAAAUAUUCUCUUUUGUAGGCAUCCAUCAGAUCUUUAUGCCUCAAAGGACAAAUCUGGAACCACCAAAAAAUUCUGUCAUGUUCCAUUAGGCAUAUUCCAGCUUCUAAAAUAUUAGUAGAAUAAAUGAAUGGGUCAAUUUAAAACACUUAUUGAAUUUAAAAGCAAUGAUCUCAAGGAAAAAAAUCAAUAAAUAGUGAAUUAAUUAAACAAUAACCAUAU